UAUCAAUUAUGAGCAUAUUGUUCUCCCAAUGAGAUGGUCUGAGAAAAAAUUGAUGGCUUUGAGCGGCAAUGAAAUGACGUAGAAUAACAUGGACUUGCUUACACGACUCGAGAGCCAACUCUUGGCACAGCUGCAGGACUUGCCUGCAAGCCACCCUUUCCGACAGCUCGGGCGUCAGCCAAUCUACGCGAAUGAGCUGCAAAGAGGCCUCACUGAAGCCGGCCUGGCACCGUUGGACGCAAGUGUGCUUUCCCCGUUGCUGAGACGUCUUCCUCCGCGUGGGCUAGAUACGUGUCUCGAUGUUUCGCGCUUCAUGUCGGAAAAUGCAGCCAUAGUGGACGCAGGAAAAGACGAAGGUACGCAAAUUUAUACGUGGUUCACUUUAAAUCCUGAUUUUGUCACAUGCGUCGCUUCAUCGAUCUGAUCUGGAGACGCGCCUUUUUCUCUUUCACCUAGGAUGAAUUCUUGUCAGUAAACUAUGUACUACAAAAGAAUUUGUACUAGGUAGUAUGAUCGGCUCUGAAAUCGUUCGAAAACUCGUUAUUUCACAGAGCCGAU